UUAGCGUGCUAGGUUUGGCAUAGAUUUAAGCUCGGCCACCGAGCUUAAUAAGUUAAACAGCCUGCCUGUGCUGUGAUUUUAUCAUUAGUUGUUAUCUCUAUUUUUGUGAAUCGUUGAAGCAACCACAACUCCCAAAUCAAUACUUACCGUACCACCCGAUAAUAAUUUCUUGUGCUUCAUACGGUUACUGAGAAGAGAUAGGUACCUGUCUUUAUUUACAAUAAGAAUCUACGAACCAAUCUCUUGGCCGAAGGAUCUGAGAAUCUUACCCUUACGAACACGAUAUACUUUGCGGAUACAAAUUCCUAAAGAAGAUAAUAUAGUGGGCUUUCGAUACAUAUACAAGAAAGAUGUCUGAGACGAAGGAAUAUACAUAUGCUGAGGCGGCGGAACAUAAGACGAAGAAGGAUUUGUUUAUGGUUAUUCAUGAUAAUAUUUAUAACGUUUCGUCUUUUGUUGAUGAACAUCCGUAAGUCUAGGGCUUUUUUUUUGUUUUGGAUUUAUUCUCAACGAGGGUGGGAUUCGAGAGGGCAUUGCUGUGAGAUUAUGAAUAGGGGAUGAAUUGGAGAUCGGUGGAUUGUGUCCAUGGAGGGAAUAUUGUUGAGGAUAAAUAUUUAUCUCUCAUUGCACUAUAUGUGCCUGGAAAUCUCGUCCUGAUAUGGCCUUUUAUCUGCCUUCGCUGUGCAGCUCUUUCGGCACUCCAUUAUCAUUGCAAAACUUCAUUCAGUGACCAUCAGGCCAGAUUGCUAAUUCACAUAUUUUAAAUAGUGGUGGAGAAGAAGUCCUCCUCGAUGUCGGAGGACAUGACGCAACCGAAGCAUUCGAGGAUGUUGGACACAGUGACGAAGCACGAGAAAUCCUUAAAGGUUUACAAAUUGGUACUUUGAAGCGCGUGGUACGUUCCUACAUCCAUUUAUCAACAUAUAUAUACCCUAGAUUUCUUCUAAUUCAUCUCCUUUUCCUUCACCAUAUAAAUCUCCCGUCCAUUCUUGCACAUUUUGUAGAAGCUGAAGCUAACAAACCGCCUCCUAUGCAGGCUGGCGAUCCGGCACCAAAACCCCGAACCACAACCGCCUCUCCAUCCUCAUCCCAAGACGAGACUGGAACGGGUAUCGGUCUCUACGCUGUCAUUCUCAUCGGUGGACUUGCAGCUUUCGGUGCUUACAAGUAUAUGUUAGCUCAAGAAGGUGCCGUUCAAGCAUAGAUAUUCGCUUCGCGAGUUUAAGAAUUAUGGAAGUGCGGUUGAAUAAGGAGAAAAGGCAUGAUAUUUUGAGAAUAUUAGAGUAGAGAUGCGAUGGAAUUUGGUGAGACGAGGGAUUUGUAAUUUGAUAUGAACGACAUGCAUUCAUACAGAAAGUUAGCGUGGCGUAUUCAACAUAUUGGAAUUUACUCUUCCGGUGGUGCUGAUUUAGUUGGUCUGGUUUGAGAAGAUUUCAAGACGUAACUACUUCGUUUUCUCUUGCGUGCUUAGCGAGACAGAAUGUUAGGAAUGGAUAGUUCAUAAUAGAUGGUUCAUUUUCUUCCUCAUAUAAGAUUAAUGUCUUUUUGUCACGUUCUCACUGCUAUGGCUGAGCGCGGCACUAUAUGUUCACUCUUGCUAUAUAUUUGACUUUGAUAGCACAUUCAUCAUAUGCAUGUAACAGUUUUGUUGUGCACUCACUAAACCUCAUAACCUUAUGCCCAAAUGCUCAUUUGGGUUCCAUUAUUUUACAUUACGUUACGUUACAUUAUAGUAUAGGUAGGUAGGUGGGUGGGUCAUGUUAUCUUGGUAGAUUCUGGUGAUUCUACGGAGUAGACUCGAAUUGCCCAAGGAAACAUACUGCAUGGAUGAAGUCAGAUGCGUCUUUUGAGAUCACAAGUAUCGUCUCUACUGC